UUUUCAAAGGAGUAAACAAAAGAGCCCUAAGGGAAACAAUCAUUUUCUUUCAACAUUUCCUAAGCUUUCACCAACUCAAUUUCUCUUACAGAGUAAGUUGUACACCACUCAAGGGUGUCAUCCUUUUAAUGAUUUUCUGGCUCUGAUUUUUAACUUGAGGACAUUAAUUUAAAGCUCUGAGGAGUUUAAAGUCUCUCAAAAAUGGACAACAAGCAGGAUAUAUUUAGGAGAGACUUGGUGGACUUUCAGGGUGUCCCCCUCUUCUGGAGUAUCACUGAGGAGUGGUCCCAGGUGGAGUCAUUUGAGAGUCGACCAGAUGAUCUUCUGAUCUCCACCUACCCCAAAUCUGGAACAACUUGGACCAGUGAAAUAUUGGAUUUGAUCUAUAACAAUGGGGAUGUGGAAAAAUGUAAACGAGAUGCAAUAUACAAGCGAGUGCCAUUCAUGGAACUUAUAGUCCCUGGACUCUCAAAUGGUGUUAAGGAAUUGAACGACAUGCAGUCUCCUCGAUUAGUGAAAACACACUUACCUGUUCAACUUCUCCCUUCUUCAUUUUGGAAAAAUAACUGCAAGAUUGUCUAUGUGGCUCGGAAUGCUAAAGAUGUGGCUGUGUCUUACUAUUAUUUCUACCAGAUGGCAAAAAUACACCCAGAGCCUGGCACCUGGGAGGAAUUCCUAGAUAAAUUCAUAGCUGGGAAGGUGGCUUUUGGUUCUUGGUAUGACCAUGUGAAGGGCUGGUGGGAGAAGAGAAAAGAUCAUCGUAUCCUUUAUCUAUUCUUUGAAGACAUGAAAAAGGAUCCGAAGUGUGAAAUUCAGAAGUUAUUAAAGUUUCUAGAUAAAGACCUGCCAGAAGAAACUGUGGAUAAAAUCCUCUAUCAUAGCUCCUUUGACAUGAUGAAACAGAAUCCAAGUGCAAAUUAUACCACUUUACCAAAAUUUAGUAUGGAUCAUUCCUUGUCUCCCUUCAUGAGAAAGGGAAUUUCGGGAGACUGGAAAAAUCAGUUCACUGUGGCCCAGUAUGAAAGAUUUGAAGAAGAUUACAAAAAGAAAAUGAAGGGGUCUACACUGCAGUUUUGUUCAGAGAUCUAAGAAAUACUUGCUCUUUAUUUCUUUAGCUGGCAUUUAAAUUAAAAGAGAAAAAAAAUUCUUAAAUGCCUAAUGAAAAAAAUUCCAUAUGUAAUGUUUCUUUAUCUACUGGUAUUAGCUAUUUGUAAUAGACUAUUAAAGAAUUUCAAAAUAUACAUAUGAAAAAUCAA